AUGACAGGAGUAAAUAAUAAGAAUAAGGAAGAUAAUCCAUCUUGGUUUAAACUAGGAGAUGAUAUUCAGUUUGUAUAUGAUAAACAACAACAACAGCAACUGCAACAACAGCAAACCCCGUCACCGUCAAAUCCACCAACCACAACCAAUCAACAGCAACAACAAGCACCAUCAAUAGUACACACUUCAACUAACGGUUCAAAGAAGAAGAAAAAGAAGAACAAGAGAAAGAACAAAUUAUCUCCAGUAGAAGCUCAUUUGAAUAAUCCUGAAGAUGAUUAUCCAACCUCUCGUGUAAUAAAACAAGCACCAAAUGGUGAUGUAAUAGUGGAGAGUCUAGAUACAGAUGAAACAAGUGGACUGCAUAAUCAUCACCAUCAGCAUCAACACAACCACAACCACCUCCAUCCGCAUCCUCCUACACAUUCUAAAUAUCAUUCACCGACUAUUCAGAGACCUACUCACCACCCAGAAAGUAAUUUAUGGGAUAGUGCAUCUAUUGAAGAACAAGAAAGAUUAAAAGAAUUUUGGGAAUCUUUAGAUGUUGACGACUUUGAACUAAAUCAAUUUUAA